CACCGCCGGCGCUGCUCUGCCUCCGUGCCCUCCUCUCGACCGUCCUCUCCACCACCUCAUCCCCGUCUCGGCCUUCACGACCUCACGCCCGCCUCGCUCACGACCCCGCUCACGCUCACGACCCUCACGAAUCACCCUUCACGACACCGCCGCCCAGCGCAGCUCUGGCCUGCCUCCACUCGGCCGCAUCAACACAACCCGCUGCGCACACAGCCCCUCCGCCGUCUCGCCGGACCUUCUGCUGCGAUGUGGUGUGACAACUGCCUGCUCGUCUUUCCGCUGCGCCACGGCGCAAUGGCGUGGUGCAGCCUGAUCGCACUUUACAACUUGGCCGGCUCGAUCCUGCUCUUCCGCUCGGGCCAGUACCUCUUCUUCACGUUCCCGGAAUGGCAGAUCUACGGUGGCAUUGGCAUGGCCGUCAUGGCCAUCUGCAUCCUCAACAUUGUCGGCUACGCAAACAAUUCGUACAUGUGGGCGCGCCUCUGCUUCUACCUCUGGCCCGUCAUCCUGCUCGUCACGGCCGUGCGCGCCGGCUUCAUGAUCUUCCAGCUCAACCGCGAGCAGAACAAGAUCAUCUGGGAGUGCAACAACGGCGGCCAGCUGUGGGGCGAGUCCGUCGAGAAGGGCUACGGCGAGGGCAGCGGCAUGCCCACGGGCAUGUGCAGCGCCGGCUUCCACAGCCUGUACAUUGCGUUUGUCAUGUCGCUCCUCGUCGACCUCGCGCUGCAGAUCUACGCCUACUUCAUGGCAUGGCGCUUCAUGAAGCGCAUCGAGCACUACUAUCAGCUCGUGCAGAAGAACCAGAACGUGUACGGCUAAUCGCCCGACCACGGGUGGACUCGAACGGCCCACGAGCAAGCGCACGAUGCUCCACUGCCCCCCAGCCUUGCUUCUCCCUGGGCUCCUUGCACAUACACUCUGGAGCGAGACGUAUGCGUGGCGCGCUUGCGCCGCGCUAUCUGCUGCUCGCUAGCCUCUUCUCUUGCCUCCCUUCUCCGACUGCCCAGUCUCACCUUGCGUGCGCGUGACGCUUCGUCGCUGCAGCUUCCAAGUAAUGCCAAAACUCCUGUUCGCUA